AUGCAUUUAAAGCAGACUUUUAAUGAAAACAAGGAUAAUGGGCUGCGUGGCCAUAAGGAUAUCGAUUAUCGAUCGCGUCACGAAAGGAGCAGUCCUCCGAAAAAUAAAUCCCAGGUUUGCAACCAAGCGGGAAAAUUCCAUACAAGACAGGACAACCAUCGUGAUUACAUAAAGUGCCAGUUUCAGGAUCAUCAGUGCCCGCAUGGACAACGCCAUUAUCGUGCUCAAGAACCCUUAACCAGCAAUUAUUGUCACGGUGACUGUCCACAAUCACACCAGUACCAGUCCAUUUCAGUCUUAAUACUCGAAUCCAGGAAUCGGGAAUUGAAAAAAAACGGAGGGGAUUGUCUUCUCUACAAGAACUCUACUUUUGGAGCCCCUCCAUCUAGUAAAAGUGAACACGGGGACGGGGAGGUUGGUGAGAAUAGACCCACAACCCGAUGUAGCCACCAGCAGCAUAAGAAGGAGUCCCAUAACUACCUUAAAGAGGCUAGAGCUCACUACCAGGCGGUUGGUGGUACAUUUCAAAAACAGUUUCCCUUUUCCAGCGACGAAUCCACCUCCAAAGGAUCCAAAUCAAAACCCUCCCAAGCUACCGUGAUUAGUGCAAAGAGUGGCGACGAUCUAAGGGCAGCAGUUCGUUCGCAAAUUGAAAUGCAAGAGGCAUUGGAUGAUUUGGCACUCGAAAUGAAGGCUAAAAAAGAGGAUAGUAAUGCUAAAUCGGGGAAAAGCCGAGUACCCAAUCCCGAUCCACAGACCGAGGAAGUGGUUGCAGUUGUCGGAGAUCACCAUUCAAAUACAGUAGAACCAGAUGUGCUUGAUGUUGUGGAUUUUAGUGUCAGUGCCGAUGACAUAGUCAGUGCCAAAGUAAUUGAUCCGAUGAUAAGGAAAAUUCAACGCAUGUAUCUAAACACACUCAAGGAGGAAAUGCACCUCAUGGAAUAUUUGGAGAAGGUACCGAAGUUGGUCAGCGAAGUUUAUAAGCGGGAGGCAGCUGAAAAAGAGCAGAAGAAGCACUAGGAAAUACUUAAAAUAUAUUUUCACUUAACUUAUUGUUCUUAUAUUUUGUAUAAUAAUCCUAAAAAAUACCAAAUGAACAAAU